ACUGCCACAGUCCCAUUUCUGUUCCUUUAAAAUCUGCCUCCUUACAACCCUUUUCCUACAACGCCUUUUUACCUUUUCCCUUAUUCUGCCUUUCGGCCUUCCCUGGCUUCUGUCUGCAGUUUUCUUUACAAGUUCAAGGGCGGAUCUCUCAACCUUCAAAUAUGAAGAAAGUAGUGUUGAAAUUGGAGAUUCACGGUGACAAGGAAAAGAAAAAAGCCAUGAAGAAAGUCUCUGGCCUUUCAGGCGUCGAAUCAAUCUCCCUGGACAUGAAGGACCAGAAAUUGACGAUAACAGGGGACGUUGAUCCAGUACAUGUAGUAGGAAAACUGAGAAAGCUCUGCCAUACAGAUAUAGUUUCUGUCGGACCAGCAAAAGAGCCUGAAAAAAAGAAGGAAGAGCCAAAGAAAGAGGAGCCGAAGAAGAAGGAAGAGCCCAAGAAAGAUGCAAAAGAAAAAGACGAAGUGGCUGAGCUCGUUAAGGCCUACAGGGCCUAUAAUCCUCACAUGACAACCUACUAUUAUGUUAGAAGUGCAGAAGAAGAUCCUAAUGCCUGUGUCAUUUGCUAGAUAGAUCUUUACAAGAGAGAGAGAGAGAGAGAGAGAGAGAGAGAGAGAGAGAGGAUAAGAAGAAGAAGAAGAACUACUUACAGAAGAAAUAACUGGAAGGAAAAAAAAAAUGAAAAUCAUGUCUUUAUUGGUUGGUCAUCUUAAAUUUGGAUCAUACUAGAAUCUAUAUAUGAUGAUACUUUCUGUACAGCAACUUCAUGCUUGUUGGUUUUGUGCUUUUGAUGUAUAAAAUUUUGGUGGUGCUAUGGUUUUUCAGUA